CUCAAUGGAACAGCCUUAAUUGUUAUCAUUGAUAACGCCUGUGUUUACCCUAUUUCAUAUUCAGGUUUUAAAGUCUGAAACUGAGCUUCCACUCAGACAAUGCUUGCUUGGUUUCACGUAAUUCCUGGAUGCCUAUGGAUCAUAAUUUGAUCCCACAGAUCACACUGAGCAAAUAUGGCCUAAUGUUGCUGUUUGACAUAACUUCAGACUACACCAGAUUCACGACAAAGCUCAUCACCAGUCAUACACGAGUGGCUAUACCAUGCCACACCAUGGGCGUCUGUGUGUUUUCCAAAUUCCCACCUUCACUGGAGUUAUUGAAUGCACCACAAGAGCCGCCCAGCUCUACCGGAUUUCAGCUCGUAGUUUGUCGGUGACAGUCAUCCCUUAAACCCUCAGGACCCCCUGGAUUGUCCACCUAGCUCACAUCUGUACAUUUAUUUCAUGACACGGUGUGAUGAAGCGGAAAACAGACGACAUUUAAGAGCAGUCUGAAUGACUGCUGUGCAACAGGCAAGUGGCUGCAAACUCAGUGAAGGCUCAUCGGCUUUGGAGGAACUGUUGCACAAAAUCCCGCUGCGAUGUCCCUGCUGUGUGUCAGAGUGAAAAAAGCCAAACUCCAUGGACCACCAGACAAGUUCAAUGCCUAUGUAACAUUAAAGGUGCAAAAUGUGAAGAGUACUACCAUCACUGUCCGUGGGGACCAACCAUGUUGGGAACAAGACUUCAUGUUUGAGAUAAAUCAUCUGGAGUCAGGUCUAGUGGUGGAGCUGUGGAAUAAAGGUUUGAUCUGGGACACUCUGAUCGGCACGGCAUUGAUACCCCUGGACACCAUUCAACAGUCUGAUGAGGAGGGACCAGGAAAGUGGACAUCUCUUGACUCUGAGGUGUUAAUGAGGGAGGAUGAGAUCUGUGGUACCACAAACCCAACUCCACACCAAGUGCUGCUGGACACCCGCUUUGAGCUACCUUUUGAUAUCCCAGAAGACGAGGCUCAGUACUGGACCAGUAAACUGGAGCGGAUCAACACCAUGCGGAUACAUGAUGAUGAGUAUCCACUGCAGCAAGAGGUCCAGAGAAGACGGAUGGCAUCUAUGCACUCUCAGUGCUGCAGUUGGAGUUAUUUUGGAUGGAGUGACCAGCAGACUUUGGAUGACCAUGAUAGUGCAAUGGAUGACCGUGAUAGUGACUACCGCAGUGAAACUGGCAACAGACCUCCACCUUACCACAACACCCCCCAGACAAAUUCAUCAGUGCACCAGUACCCUAUAGGUCGCAGGAUCCAACAUCAAACCCUGUCCAAGGAAUGUGACUCUACACAAGGCUAUGAGCUAGAUUAUACAGAAAUGAGGGGACCCAGUCCACCAGACAGCAGUCGCUUUGAUUCAUCAGGCAACCUUAGCCCGAUCAGCUCCCAGCUUAGUUCUGAACCUGAGGAGCGCAGAGAUCCCAGUGGUCCUCGUCCACCUCUUAAUAGCCAGCCAUCUACCUUGGAUAAAGAAGAUGAGGACGAGGAGGAAGAGACUGAGAAUAAGCUGCAUCCACUACCAGAGCCUGGUUGUAACAAAGAUUGGAAGGACUCUCCGGUCAUCCUGCCCAAACCAAUGUUGGACAAUCAUGAUAUCAAGACACAGACUAAAAACUAUUUAUUUGAAGAUGGCCCUCCACCCUGCUCUCCAUCCAAAGUUCGCUGGCUAAAGGCAUACAACAAAGUCAGAGUACAGCUGCUUGAGAGCCGAGAUCAAGAUGGAGACCCCAGCAAGCACCCAUGGGCCAAGCCAGGAGGAAACACACCGUUUGGCAUUGACAGCAUGCCAGACCUCCGCAAGAGGAGGCCGAUUCCACUUGUUAGUGAACUGAUGUCCACCCUCUGCAAAGGGACCUUGACUCUGCUCACUGGAGGGCUGAGCGCCUGCAGGAUCAACAGACUGGAGGGACUUCUGGAGAUCAGGGAGAAGGAGUUCAAAACUGAGUUUAAGAAGAGUUACGAGACCAUUUCAUCGUUUGAGGCACAGGUCUCCUCCCUCCAGAAACAGCUCCAAUCUAAAAACGAGGAGAUAGAUCAAAUCCAGCUCCUGAGGAAGCAGGAAAAUGAUCUAAUGACCGCAAAGCUGGAGUCAGAGAAGCAAAAAGUACAGGAGAGUGCUGUGCUGCAGAAUGACUUGCAGCAGAAGUUGAAAAUGAUGGAACAACAACUCCUCCAGAAGGACAAAGAGAUCCUGGAUCUGCAGAGCAACAACCAUGAUCUCUCUCACAAGCUCACAGAGGUUAGUGCUGAAUUUCAAAGUGACAGUGCUUGGCAAACCAAAUACAACGCUCUGCAGGAGAAAUUCACAGAGGAGAUGGCUGCUAAACAACAGAGCUGUGAGGCCACCAAAGAACAGUUGGUGGAGGAGAGGAAGAAAGUGGAGGAGCUUCAGCUGCAAAUGAAAAGUGAGAAGACAGAAAAAGACCAAAAAGACCAGAAAAUGAAAAAUAAGGACAAACAAGAGAUUGAUCGACUCUCCCAGAAGCUCACAGAGACAACAAGUGAGCUGAGGAGCUGCAGAGUUGAAUUUCUCCAGAGCUACAAAGCUUGGCAGGGAGAAUACAACGCCCUGGAGAAGAAAUUCAAAGAGCAGUUGAUCCAGAAACAACAGGACUCGGAGAAGACAUCCAAACUGGUGGAGGAGGAGAAGAAGUCCCUGCUCCAAAAAGAAGAGCACUCGGAGAGGAGUCAUGAAGAAAGAGUAAAGAGUAAUGAGGAAACAGAUGUCACAUCAGGGACACAAACAGAGGAGGAGAAGAAGAAGAAGGGAUUUCUGAGCUGUAUCCACAAAAAGAAAAGCUGUGAUAGCCAAGCUGAGGUGGAGGAGGCUCCUUGUUGUUCGACUCAGGUCGCACAACAGUAG